CAACCAUCUGCUGUUGACAACCGAGACACUCCGGCUGAGGAGACGAAGGCAGGGGAAGCAGGCGAGGGACAGGGAGACAAGGCAAUGGAGCAGAAGGAGUUGAACGAAGAAGGCCAGCAAAAGCCAGUCAGGCAGGAGGAAGCUGGGGUGAUCAAAGAUACGGCUCAGCAGGACCUGGAGGAGACGGCUGCAAACCUUCAAAAGAUGAGGGGCAAACGACCCCGGAUGUGCGAGCACGAUCGGAAGUUCAGCCAGUGCAAGGAAUGCGGUGGGCCAAAGGUGUGUGAACAUAACAGACAGAAGAGACUCUGCCGAGACUGUGGAGGGACGGGUGUAUGUGAACACAACCGCGAGCGUCGGUUCUGUAAGGAAUGCAAGGGCUCUGGCAUCUGUGAACAUAACAGGCAUCGAAGCCUGUGCAAGGAUUGUAAAGGAGCAGGGAUCUGCGAGCAUGAGAGGAGGAGGAGCAGGUGCAAGGACUGCAAGGGCUCCAGCAUCUGCAUGCACGACCGGGAGCGGAGGCGAUGCAAAGACUGCAAAGGCUCUGGGAUAUGCGAGCACGGCAGGGAGCAGCGUUUCUGCAAGGAGUGCAAAGGCUCGGGUAUCUGUGAGCAUAACAGGGUGAAGCGAAUCUGCAAGGAAUGCGGGGGGUCGGGGAUUUGUGAACACAAUCGUGAGAGGAGCCGGUGCAAGGAGUGCAAGGGAUCAGCGAUCUGCGAGCACAACCGGCAGAAGAGCCAGUGUAAGGACUGCAGAGGGUCUGGGAUCUGUGAGCACAACCGUGAGCGUCGGCGAUGUAAGGAGUGCGGUGGGUCAGAUAUCUGUGUCCACAACCGGCAGAAGAGUCACUGCAAGGACUGCAAGGGGAAGUGCAUCUGUGAGCACAAUCGCGUCAAGAGGUUCUGCAAGGACUGCAAGGGCUCCGGGAUCUGCGAGCACAACCAGAGACGGAGCAGAUGCAAGGACUGCAAGGGCCCAGGAAUCUGCGAGCACAACCGAGAGCGACAGUUCUGCAAGGAGUGCAAGGGGUCGGCGAUCUGCGAUCAUAGCAGAAUCAGGAGGUUCUGCAAGGAGUGCAAAGGUGAAGCUUGAGGCGCGCGAGUCCGGUAAACGAAAGCUGGAUGUAUGUUUAAGAGGAGUAUCGCUGUCUUUGUUUGUUGCUGUCAUUCCAGCUGCCCGUUGUGCGUGAGCGUGACAACUUGGUUGCGCAGAGAGUUGUUGAAUUUGGAAUAAAAUCUGUCAGAAGAGUG